AAUAAUAAAUAUAAAAUGUGUGUGUGUGUGUGUGUGUGUCAGGUGACGUAUAAGCUGAGUGAUAAGGAGCAGACGCUGGAGGAGGAGAUCCAGCUGCGAGAGCGUGUUCAGCUGCAGUGUAAACAGGCCGAGAGGACGGUGGAGGAUCUGCGCAUGGAGCUGCAGACGCUGGGACAGUCCCGAGACGAGCUCGCCAAACAGCUCAAGCUGGCUCAGGAGAAGAUCAUCGAUCUGGAGGCAGAUCUGGAGGAGCUGCAGGAGAACGAGCAGCGAUCGACGUCCAAACACAAGAGAGCUCUGGAUCAGUCGGAGCAGCUGCAGAUGAAGCUCAUCCAGGAGAAAGAUCUCAACAAUCAGCUGGAGGGUGACAAGGCCAUUCUGGAGAGACAGCUGCGGGAUCUGCGCAGAGAGAUGGAGGAGCUGCAGAAUAACAGAGUGGAGGUGGACUCCAUCAACAGAGCUGAGAUCAAAGCCAAAGAACUGGAGAACACACUGAGAGCCGAGGAGAGGAGUAAAGUAGGGAUGAGUAACACCAUCAGCAAACUGGAGAAGAAGAUCCUCGAGCUGACGGAGCAGAUGGAGGAGGAGCACAAGAUCUCCAGCGAGCAGAGAGAGCUGAUGAAUCAGCGAAUCCGUUCACUGAAGCGGCAGCUGAACGAGGCCGAGGAGGAGGCGAGUCGACGGGACGUCCAGCACCGAAUCACACACAGAGAACUGAUGGAGGAGAGAGAGACUAACAGCCGUCUGCAGAGACAACUACUGGACCACCAGCUGCAGAACAAGAGGAAAGAGUCCAGACACACUCUUGAAAGCCUGAAUCUGAACCUCAGCGAGGAUGAUGUUGGUAAAGAAGAGGAAGAGAAGCAACAGAGCGAGUCCCAACCCACAGAGAAGCAGAUCACUCAGGUGUGACUGGACCCCAGCCAAAACCCCCUGUAAACCUCCUGUUUCCCCUCAACUAUCAAAGACUUCAAACUAAAACAUUCACACAAACCACUUGAGUCCAGGUCUACACGAGAGAGACCGGAUCCAGAGAAGCUCUGGAAAACACUGUGGGAAAGCUCUUUCCUGUGGACUGACGCUCUUAGGGUUUUAUUGAGAAGCUCUUUCAGGAGACUCUGCCAAACCUGGUUACAGUAAGCUAUCGUGUGCAUUAGUUCUUUAUCAAGCUCUCUUUUCUGUUUCUGUUGUUAUUUUCAGUUCAAUCAGCCGUUUACAUUAUGCAUAUAUUAAUAUAAUGGAGAUUAUGAAGUGAUGAAGUGUUUGAGAUUGAUUUGCAUGCGUUCAGCGAUCAGGACAGCUGAUGCAUGGACCGGUGCUGAUUGUGUUCUGCUGAAGGUUUUAGGGAAUCCUCUUUGUUAAGUGUUGAUGAUGCUGUGUGUCUCUGAAAUACAGCAGCAGUUUCUGCUCCAGGGUGUUCAUG